GCAGACAGUAGCCCACGUGGGUUUAUUCUACAGGUAACAAUGUAUUCAGGUUACACACAGGCACCAAACAAUCCCGUGGGAAUAAGUGUGAGAGCAUUAGGCGGUGAGACGGCGGCGCAAAGAGCAAAUGAGUGCAGCGUGAGGUACAGGCACAGACUCGCCUCAGAACAUGCCACAUGUGGAGAUCAAACAGAAGCCGCGCAGGAGGCUCCACUUGCCAUCUGUCAGGCGGGCUGCAGAGGGAGUGUGGGAGCAAGAAGAGCCGCAUUCUCCACUGGGGGAGGGGGGUUGCCCGCAGCUGCUCCACCCUCACUUUGUGUCAGCAGCAGCAGCAGCAGGUAGAGCACAGCAGCAGCAGUCCCUGGGGAGGCUCCGUGCCCUGGGAACAGUCGGGGCCACAAGGUGGGAGGGAUCGCUUUCUGAAGGAUGUCGAUAGAGACGCGCAGAGCUGGGAGCGAGCCGCCCUGGUGUUAGGACCGCGGAGCAAUCACAGUAGGGAACAAAUGAAUGGGCACGGGGAGAAGAAGCUGCACUGAAUCUUCAGGAGGGGGAACGGAAUAAACUAAGUAGUGUGUGUGAGGGGGAGCACUCAAUUGCCUGAGGCCGGAGAGGCCCUGCUGUCAUGGAAGGGGGUUCGUGUGCUCCCCUCCCCUGGGGGUGAGCCCGUCCCGCGGGAGCUCAGCAGCCCAUGGCUUUCCGGGACUAACAAGCCGCACUAUGGGUGUCCGCUGCUGGCUGCAGUAUGAAUAGAGCCCGGCUGCAGCUGGCAUCCCUCUGGCUGCUGCUCGCGGUGACUCGUCUCCAGGCAGUGGCGGCUUCUGCCUUGGGCACCACGGAACGAGACAUGGAUGUGAAGGCGCUGAUUCGGGUGAGAGCGGCGCAAGGAAACCUGACCUUGGAAGGACUAUUUGCCAGGGUGGCAGAGAUUAGCCCGGCGGAAGGAAAACUACUCCAGUUUCACCCCCUGUCUCUGUGCAACACCAGUGAAGAUGAUCAGACUAAGCCUGGUUUCAUUUCCAUUGUCAAACUGGAAACUCCUGAUAGUGAUACCCAGCCAUGCCUGUCCCUGGCCAACAAGGCUCGGCUGGCCGGGGAGAGAGGAGCCCAUGCUAUACUCUUUGAUAUUAGCAAUGACAGGGGAGCCUUACAGCAGCUGCAGCAGCCAGCUGGCAUUAACCAGCCCGUGGUCCUGAUCUGGGGCCCUGAUGCUGAGAAGCUGAUGGAGGUUGUGAACAAAAACAAAGAGGCUCUGGUGAAGAUCGAGGUGCAGGAGCAGCCCAAGUGGCUUCAUCAUGACGUCUGGAUCCUGCUCACUUUGUCUGCCACCGUCUUGUUCAUUAUCUUGUGCGCAGUUGCCCGGCUUCGCUGCAGGCAGCCCCCACCACAGGACUCCAUACAGCAACAGACUCUUGUGGCUAUUAGCUGUCUGGCUACUAGAAGGUACCAACAGCGGGUGUUAAAAGAACAGCGUGCAAGCGGUGGUCGGGUAGAUACAGCCAGCACUAGCAGUUCUGUGCCAGUUUGUGCCAUCUGCCUGGAAGAGUUCACAGAUGGGCAGGAGUUGCGCAUAUUGCCGUGCUGCCAUGAGUACCAUCUGAUUUGUGUGGAUCCUUGGCUGAGACAGAAUCACACGUGUCCCCUCUGCAUGUAUGAUAUACUAGACAGUGGGACCUCAGCACAGCCUCCGGCUCACAGAACAGCUUCACAGACACCGCUGUGGGGAAGGUACCCAGGCUCUGCUCGUCUCAUGUCUCACCUGCCCCCCAAUGGCUUACCAAUGGUUUUCCCUACCCCAGAUAACAGUAUAUUCUUGUCAAGAGCUCCAUAUUACCUGGACCAAACCCAUCACUGGCAAACACCAGAGCAAAUGCCAAUGCAAAUCCGGACUCAUCGUCGAGGAGCAGAAUGUCCAAGAGAGUCGGGCUAUUUGCCUGACGACCCGGGCAGUGAUAGUAGCUCAGGACCGUGCCAUGGCUCUUCCAGUGAGAACUGUACAGAUAUAAGCCUGCAUUGUUUGCAUGGCACCUCUUCUUCCUCUGUUCACAGCUCUCAGAGCAACCAGGAGGAUUCUUCCCCACCAGCACUUGCCUCGUAUCUACUACCUCAGAGUGAACUCCCAGCACUGAACCCUCUUCUGUCUCCCCAGGCUUCCUAUGCCAACCAUGUUCAUUUUCAUCAGCAUCGUCAUCAUCACUAUCGGCGAAACUCUCACAGAUCCAAGAGGAGGACCAAGGUUUCUAGGGCAGAUCCUGGUUAUUACAGGGAACAAAGACAUAUAACUGGAACUAAUGGCGAGUCAAGAUCACUUAUGAUUCGCAGAGAGCCCAGACCUUCAUGUUCAAGAACUUGUUUUGACCCUAGAACUAAUAGGGAGCACAUCAGGCACCAUCAGUCCAUGCCACAGGCCGCUUCAGUAGUGCAGGGCUCAAGUGAACCUGAUGUAGACACCUCCCUUAGGCCCUCAAGAACCGACCCACCAAGUAGGACUUAUAGAAAGAAAAAAUCCUCUGCCCCUUCACACCUUCCAUUGUUGCACAGCCCCCGACACUUCCACCCAGCUAACAGUGUCCAGGUGUGUGAAAGCGCCCAACCGCGAUGGGCAGAAGAAGUUAGACUUCUACAUUCCAGGGUGAACUCCCAUCGAGAAAAUACAGCAAUGAUGCACCUAUAUCAUCCACCACAUCACAACCAAGGUGCCAGGGAGGAGAUGGAAGCUGUGUGUGAGCAUGCAGUGUAACUACAUACAAGUCUGUGUGCCGUGACCCAACAGUACUGGAUGCAGGAGCAUGGGCCACAGAGCUCUCAGUGUUUUGUCUCCUUCCCCAAAUUUCCAGGCCCCACCAUGACCUCCCAGAUUAGAUCAGACUUGGUUCCUGGCAGAAUAUGCACCUGUUAAAAGGUCCCCAAACAUCUAAUCGAAGCUUUGGCAUGGAGCCUUACCUGUAAUGGGACCUCAUCCUUCACAGCACUUUUCCUGGCCCCAGAAAAGUGGCUGUAGAAUCUCUGUGGAGCAUCUCAAGAGCAUUGCUGUCCACGAUCUGUAGGACCUCUGCAAGCAGUUCUUUCUACACCAGCAGAGCAUAGAGCUUUAAGCAUACGACUGAGAAACGACAGCUGGAAUCUAUUCCUAAACCUUACACGAAUGUCUUCGCUCAAACAAUGAAUCCAGGAUAGACUCCCCCACCAUAGGCAUCACCAGCAAACAACAAGACAAAGCGAUGCUUCAAGCAAGGGAGUCACCCAAUUGGUUGUUCACUUGUUACAGUUCUCAUUGGGUUUAUUUUGUUCAGCUAAAUUGCCAGUCUGAUGGUCCUUGUUCUUUACAAUUCCACACAACACUUUGUACAUUGCUGUUUUUUUUCUACCUGUAAUUUGCACUUCUUAAUAAUUCACUUUUGGACACCGUCCUUUUAGGAAAGUCACGUUGAAUGCCGUUGUGAUCUUAACUUAUGAUGCUGCCUCUGUCCAGAAUGGUCUGGUAUGUGUAGUGUAAAGAACAAGAGCAUGGCUUCCCUAUGGAGCACAGUUAGAUCCUAGUUAGAA